UUUGCCUUUCUUCUUCUACCUGUAGUAUUCUGAUCACAGCUAGUUUCAUUAGAAGGUGAAAAGUAUGGAGAAUAGGGCCAUGAGAGCAAGGAUAUAUUUUCCCAUUAUUGGAGUGGGGAGCCCAUUAUGGAAGGACAAGGGUCCUGAAGCUCGCUCUGUUAUUUCACAUGUAUUUUUUUUUUCCAGUAAAGCUGUGAUAGAAGACCUGUUGGAAGGCCUGAGGAAAGCCAAAACCGAUCCAGCUGUGAAAGCCAUCAUUCUCUGUGGAGCAGAUGGAAAGUUCUCUGCAGGUGCUGAUAUUCGAAGCUUUGCUGGCCCUUUACAGAGGACUCAUUCAUUAGACGGAGUCAUUGACAUGCUAGAGAAAAUGGAGAAGCCUUUGGUGGCUGCCAUCCAGGACCUGGCUCUGGGAGGAGGUCUGGAAUUGGCACUGGGAUGUCACUACAGGAUUGCCAAUGCCAAGGCUCGAAUCGGCGCCACAGAGGUCACCCUUGGACUUAUCCCUGGUGCACGAGGGACCCAGCUUCUCCCCAGGCUCAUUGGGGUACCUGCUGCCCUUGACCUGAUCGUCUCAGGGAGACACGUUCUGGCUCCUGAAGCACUCAAACUGGGGAUACUGGACAAAGUCGUCAACUCUGAUCCAUUUGAGGAAGCCAUCAAAUUGGCCAAAGAAGUUUCCGGUCGGCCCAUCGGUUCCCGGAGGCUCAUGACGAGGCAGGUUCCGGAUCUGCCCGAUAUGGACAAGGUUUUCCAGGAAGCCCUGUUGCGGACGAGGAAGAAGUACCCGGGCUGUAUUUCUCGGGAGGCCUGUGUCCAAGCUGUCCAGGCUGCCGUCCGGUACCCCUACCCAGAAGGAUGCAAGAAGGAGAAAGAGCUCUUCAUGUACCUUCUGAGUUCAGGACAGUGUAAAGCCUUACUUUACGCCUUCUUCGCUGAGAGAUCGGUGAGGAAAUGGUCAGCUCCCUCCGGGGCGUCAUGGAAGACCUCCUCUGCUCGGCCGGUCUCGUCUGCAGCCGUCGUGGGUUUGGGAACGAUGGGAAGAGGCAUUGCCGUCUCUCUGGUCAGAGCGGACAUCCCCGUUAUUGCCAUGGAGCAGGAUGAGAAGCAGCUGGACCAGGCCAGAAAAGUGAUCUUCACCCUCGUAGAGAAAGAAGCCUUCAAGCGGAAGCAGAGCGGCCAAGAGUGGACCCCGCCAAGGAUCCGAUUUACUACUUCCCUGGACGAGGUGGCCGGUGUGGAUUUGGUGAUCGAGGCCGUAUAUGAGGAAAUGGAGCUGAAGAAGCAGGUCUUCAGCAGGCUGUCGGCCCAAUGCAAGCCUUCGGCCUUUCUCUGCAGCAAUACGUCGGGCCUGGACAUCGAUGAGAUAGCUUUGGCCACGCGGCACCCGCAGCAGGUCAUCGGCACCCAUUUCUUCUCCCCAGCUCACGUGAUGAACUUGUUAGAGGUCAUCCCUAGUCGUUAUUCCUCCCCUGCUACCAUCGCCACCAUCAUGAGUCUGGCGAAAACCAUCGAAAAGGUUGGUGUCGUUGUUGGAAACUGCUUUGGAUUUGUUGGCAAUCGAAUGCUGGCUUCUUUCAGAGAACAGGUUUAUUUCUUAGUGGAAGAUGGCGGUCGGCCAGAGGAAAUCGAUCAAGUUCUGGAAGAGUUUGGUUACAGAAUGGGUCCUUUUCGAGUGUCGGAUCUGGCUGGGCUGGACGUGGGUUGGAAAUCCCGAAAGAGCCAAGGCCUCAUAGGGCCUACAUUGCCCCCAGGAACGCCUCUGCGCCAACGUGGCAGCCAACGGUAUUGCCCAAUUCCUGAUAUUCUGUGUGAACAUGGAAGAUUUGGCCAGAAGACUGGCAAAGGCUGGUAUCAGUACGACAAACCAAUGGGCCAGAUUCCCAAGUCUGAUCCCUGGAUUUCCAAAUUCCUAUCCGAGUACAGGCAGAGACACCAGAUUGAGCCUCGGGUCAUAGAGCCGGAGGAGAUCCUCGAGCGCUGUGUGUAUUCUCUCAUCAACGAAGGCUUUCGGCUCUUAGCAGAUGGCAUGGCUGCUGGCCCUGAGCACAUCGAUGUCAUCUACAAUAAUGGUUAUGGAUGGCCCAGGCAUAAAGGAGGGCCCAUGUUCUAUGCCUCCACAGUGGGACUCCCCACAGUAGUAGAGAAGUUACAGAAAUAUUACCGGAAGAAUUUGGACAUCCCCAAGUUGGAGCCUUGUAAUCUUCUGAAGAAAUUGGCCGCCCAGGGAAAUCCUCCCCUUCGGGAAUGGCAGAGCUUGGGGGGUCCUCAGACUAGUAGACUGUGACUUCACUCACCUACGUUCUUCAGGUGGAGACUUUCACGCACCCACCUCAGGCAGACGUAGUUAAACUAAAUAGAAACUCAAUCAAAGGCUUUUAACAGGCUGGCAAAGCACAAUCUGUUGGCCAAUAGGCAUUUCAAAUUAAAUGUCCCAUUGGCAUCUCAAAUUCAACAUGUCCAAAAUGUACUUUUAUCUUUCCUCCCAAUCCUUCUAAAUUCUAAAUUAUAUAAUUAAUAAUAGGGAAGUUCCCUACCUAGCUAAAGUAACAUGGAACUCUGAGGGAGAGAUAGAAAGUGGCAUGUGCCAAACAAGUCAGAUCAUCAGGACCACUUGACCCCCUCCUCCUCUCAGACCUCAAUGGAGAUGGCCCAAGACCCUUAAUUCAAAAGUUUUGGAAACAGUGUCUCUCACCCCAUUGACUCUACUUGCAGCCUCUGACCUUGCAGUCAUUCUUGAAAGAGAAACCAUCACAGAGGAGUUGUCUUUUUUUACCAACAGCAACACCAGAUGCCACUGAUGGGCAGGUAAACCUAAAAUCCUGGCCAAGCUAGCACCUUCCAGACUAAGGGCUGUGCUUCCAAUCUAGCCUCAACAGCUAUCAUCCUAAGAAGCAUCCUCUGUAUCUGCAACGCUGCAACCAAAGCUUCUAAAGAUACAUAACAAAAAAGUCCUCACCAUCAAAAUCCUUGCCACUCAGAGAAUUGGAAAUUGAGAGAAUGUCCAUCAAUGGGGGAAUGCCUAAACAAGUUGCGGUAUAUGAAGGUG